GUCUAGAAAGUAGAAACUCUUGCGCGCGCAAAAAAGGUUCCUUUCGUAAAUCAGAGGUCUGAGAAGGUGAAGAAUCAAGAUUUUGCAAAACGGAGAACCAAAACCAGAGAGAAUGCUUUUCAUGGUGGGGCUUCUCUCGACACGCUAGAAACAACAUCUAGUUAUCUACUUCUCUUUAAGUUCUAACUUCUCUUCCAAGCUCUCACCAUAUCAGUCCAGAGUCCAAGAAAGCGUCUAGUUGUACAUAUAGAAAUGGAUAUUGUUGAAGUAGACCAGAAAGUGGUUAAGCAACUUGAAGCUUUGGGGUUUUCAUGGACUCGAGCACUACAGGCACUUACUAAUUCUGGUAAUUCUGGCCUUGAGGAUGCUGUAAAUUGGAUAAUUGAUCAUGAGAAUGACCCGGACAUUGAUAACAUGCCCUCGGUAGCAGUGAACAUUGAUAUUGAAUCUCCCGAACGAUCAGAUAAUACAGAAGAAAUCAAAAGGAGAGCACAGGAGCUGAGAAAGAAAAAAGAAGAAGAAGAAAAGAAAUCUGAGAGAGAAAGGGAAAAGGAAAGGAUUCGAGCAAGUAAGGCACUCCUUGAGGCGAAGAGAAUUGCGGAGGAAAAUGAAACGAAGCGUAUGUUAGCCUGGAGAAGAGCAGAGAAAGAAGAAGAGAGAAGAGCAAGGGAGAAAAUCCUUCAGAAACUAGACGCAGAUAAGCUAGAAAGGAGGAGGAGGCUUGGACUCUCAUCGGAAAGCCCUGCUGCUAUACAAGCUUCAAAACUUGUGCAGGAAAAGAAGGUCCCUGCUGCUAUACAAUCUUCCAACCUUGUGCAGGAAAAGAAGGAUUCUUUGCAUGUUAAUCCAGCGAACCCUUUGCCUGUGAAGGCCAUUACGAAGGCUGAGCAGAUGAGACAAUGUCUAAGCUCUCUUAGGCUCAAUCAUAAGAAUGAUGCUGCUCGGGUUAGAAGGGCCUUCCAAACUCUUUUGCUAUAUGUCAGAAAUGUGGCAAAGAAUCCUGAUGUGGAAAAGUUCAGGAAGAUUCGACUCGGUAACCCCCUGUUCCAGGAUAGGGUUGGCAAUACGAGAGGAGGUAUUGAGUUUCUGGAGGUUUGUGGUUUUGAGAGAAUUGAAGUUGAAGGGGGUGAGUUUCUGUAUCUUCCCCGUGAUAAGGUCGACAUGGAAGUACUAAACUCGGCUGGGUUUCAACUAAAUUCUGCAAUGACAAAUCCAUUCUUUGGUCUCUUCUAUAAAGAGUAAGCGAAAGAUUCAUGAUGAUAUACCUAAUGGCUUAGCUCUGAACAUCAUGAGGAAAACUUGGGUAUUAUUGUAACAGUGUGAUAAAGAGAAUUUACUUGUGGGGUGUUAAUAUUGCUUGUUUUUAUCUUUUGCACCAAGUUUGCUGCAAAAAAUAUUCAGUUGGAUUUUCUUUUUCGACAGCAUUACGUAUCCCUAAGUUUCAGUCAUAACAUGUAAUUAGUU